GUAAGAGAGAGAUGCAUGUGAGUUGCAUGUGGUGCAGGUGAUUGACUUCCCAAAUGUUCACAAUGACUGGGCUUGUCAGCUGCUAGGAGACAAUUCAACCAAAAUCUUCUGCAUGGGUGGCAGGAACCCAAUUGCUUGAAUCAUUACCACUGCCUCCCAGAGUCUGCAUUCAUAACACGCUGGAGUCGAGCUAGAGCUGGAUUUCAAACCCAGAUUUUCUAUUUUGUACAUACGUUAUUUUGUAUAUACUGUAUAUGAUGACUUCAGUGAGCAGUGACCGUUGCCGAGGUGCUCGGGAAAAAUCCCAGAUUUCAACAACACAGGCAACACAACCACAGAAGCAAGUGGUACAGGCAACAGCUGAACAGAUGCGCCUCGCCCAAGUGAUCUUUGAUAAGAAUGAUUCGGAUUUUGAAGCUAAAGUUAAGCAGCUUAUGGAAGUGACGGGAAAAAAUCAAGAUGAAUGCAUAGUGGCCCUACAUGACUGUAAUGGAGAUGUGAACAAAGCUAUCAACAUAUUGCUGGAAGGGAAUUCAGACACGACUUCCUGGGAGACUGUAGGGGGGAAGAAGAAAAAUUUAGGAAAAGAAAGUUCAGAAAACAAAGAAAAUAGAGAGAAAAGAAAUGAGAAAGAACCGAGUCGAGGACGUGGCAACACCAACAGGAAAGGACGUGGUGGUAAUCGUGGCAGAGAGUUUAGAGGUGAAGAGAAUGGAAUUGAUUGCAAUCAAGGGGACAAACCUUCAGACCGUGGCAAGCGAGCACGUGGUAGAGGAUUUGGACGUGGUAGAGGGAGAGGGGCAGGAAGGUUCUCAACCCAAGCCAUGGGGACUUUUAAUCCUGCGGACUAUUCGGAUUCCACAUCUUCAGAUGGGUGUGGAACAAAGCUAGUGAUUUGGGAAGCUGCUCAGAAUGGUGCAAAUGAGGGAAGUGAACUGGCAUCAAAUGAUCACAGCGUAGCUCAGGAUCUGCCAAACAAAGGUUCUUACAAACUCAAAGCAGGGGCCUGGAAGAAUUCUGUGGAGGAAUGGACAACAGAAGACUGGAACGAAGAUCUUUCUGAAACAAAGGUCUUCACUUCCUCAUCUGUUCCAGGAGAGAAUCAGGCCACACCUGGGCAAAGCAUUGAUCUGGUAGCCUUGCUUCAGAAGUCUGUUCCUCCCAACCAAGCCUCAGAAGCCAACUCCUUUGAAACUUCCCAACAGCCGGGUUUUGGCCAAGCCCUUGUCUUCACAAAUUCUCAACAUAACAAUCAGAUGGCACCAGGGACUGGCGGCUCCAAUGCUGUCAACUCCUAUUCUCCUCAAAGUCUGUCAUCCGUUCUUGGCUCAGGAUUUGGAGAGCUUGCACCAUCCAAAAUGGGGAACAUCACUAGCUCCCAGAUCUUGGACCAGUUGAAAGUUCCAAGUUUGGGCCAGUUUACCACCACCCCAAGUUCACAGCAGAAUAGUGCGAGUACCCCCACAACUACUACUUCUUGGGACCUCAAGCCUUCAGCAUCCCAGCCCUCCGUCCUUAGUCAUUUUGACUUCAAAUCUCAGCCUGAGCCAUCCCCAGUCCUUAGCCAGUUGAGCCAGCGACAGCAGCACCAGACCCAGGCUGUCCCUGCUCCUCCUCCUGGUUUGGAGUCCUUUCCUUCUCAGGCAAAACUCCGAGAAUCCGUGCCAGGAGACAACACCUCCACUGUGAACAAACUGUUGCAACUUCCCAGCCUGACUGUGGAAAAUAUUGCCGUGUCUGCCCACCAGCCGCAGCCCAAACACAUCAAACUGCCUAAGCGGCGGAUACCUCCAGCGUCUAAGAUUCCUGCUUCUGCGGUGGAAAUGCCUGGCUCCGCAGAUGUCACAGGUUUAAAUGUUCAGUUUGGAGCCCUGGAGUUUGGAUCGGAACCCUCUCUCUCCGAAUUUGGAUCAGCUCCAAGCAGUGAAAACAGUAAUCAGAUUCCCAUCAGCUUAUAUUCAAAGUCUUUAAGUGAUCCUUUGAAUACCUCUUUACCAAUGACCAGUGCAGUACAGAACUCCACCUAUACAACUUCAGUCAUUACCUCCUCCAAUCUGACCAGCUCGUCCCUGAGCUCCACUAGUCCAGUAACAACGUCUUCCUCCUAUGACCAGAGUUCUGUGCACAACAGGAUCGCAUACCAAAGCUCUGUGAAUCCAUCGGAUUUAGCCUCCGCUGGAACAGUCACGAAUGGACAUGGCGGUGACCGCAGUCAGCAGACACUGGACACUGCUUCAUCCGUUCCGGCUCCAAAGACGACCGACGCUCCCUCCGCCCUACCAGCUGUGGGCCCCCUGCCCAGCACUACUGUACCCUCCAACUCCCAGCACACUGCCACUCUGCCCUCCUUGUCCCAGCCUGGUGACCUGCCCGGCAGCCCUCUCUCUCAGCUUAGCAGUUCCCUCUCUACUCAUCAGAGCAGCCUGUCCUCGCACGCCGCCCUCCCCGCGAGCGCGUCCCACACACAUGCUGGUGUGGAGAGUGCUGCUUCCCUCCAGGCCCCAGCCACCUUCUCAACGGCAGCCACCUCCGCCUCGAGCACCACCACCUCAGGAGUCAGCCUGCCCAGCAGCAUGAACGCAGCCAGCGGCCUCUGCCUGGGCGGGAGCACUGUGAGCACGCCCAGCAGCGCCAGGGCCGCGCCCUUGGUGACCUCAGGCAAGCCACCCCCAAACUUACCCCAGGGGGUGCCGCCCCUGCUGCACAGCCAGUACCUCGUGGGCCCUGGAGGACUGCUUCCUGCCUACCCGAUCUAUGGCUACGAUGAGCUCCAGAUGCUGCAGUCCCGGCUGCCAGUGGAUUACUACGGAAUUCCCUUUGCUGCCCCCACAGCCCUCGCCAGCCGAGACGGGAGUUUAGCUAAUAAUCCAUAUUCAGGUGAUGUCACAAAGUUUGGCCGAGGUGACUCUGCAUCCCCUGCGCCCCCCACCACGCUAGCUCAGCCCCAGCAGGGCCAGUCCCAGACCCACCACACAGCGCAGCAGCCUUUUCUGAAUCCUGCGCUGCCGCCUGGCUACAGCUAUACUGGCCUCCCCUACUACACGGGCGUGCCCAGUGCCUUCCAGUAUGGGCCCACCAUGUUUGUCCCUCCAGCGUCGGCCAAGCAGCAUGGUGUGAACCUCAGCACCCCCAGCACCCCCUUCCAGCAAGCUGGUGGUUAUGGCCAGCACAGCUAUGGCACAGGUUACGACGACCUGGCCCAGGGGACAGCGGCGGGAGACUACACUAAGGCUGGCUAUGGUGGAUCACCGCAGGCUCCCAGCAAGUCUGCAGGUUCUGGGUCUGGCAAAGGGGUCUCAGUGUCUUCAAGCACCACUGGCCUCCCCGAUAUGUCCGCUUCGGUGUACAACAAGACUCAGACGUUUGACAAGCAGGGAUUUCAUGCAGGGACCCCUCCACCUUUCAACCUGCCCUCAGCCUUAGGCUCCACCGGGCCCCUGGCCCCUGGGGCAGCCCCUGGCUAUGCGCCCCCGCCUUUCCUGCACAUCUUGCCGCCCCACCAGCAGCCUCACUCCCAGCUGCUGCACCACCACCUUCCGCAGGACGCCCAGAGUGGCUCGGGUCAGCGCAGCCAGCCCAGCUCCCUGCAGCCCAAGUCUCAAGCCUCCAAACCCACCUACGGCAACUCUCCAUACUGGACAAACUGAACCUGAAGAUGGGUGGGCUGGGUAGGACUUCCCUACACGGAGCACUCCUCUGGGAGCCCAGUGCCCUGUCCUAGAACUCCUGAGACGUGUACCUGUCAGCCGGGCCUCUGGGGAGCCUGCUGCCCAGACUAUUGUAUGUAAUGUAUUUAUGUAUGUAUUUGUAAAUGUGAUAGAACCUGGGAGAGCCAUGCAGCUGCACAGCCCAUUUUGCUCUCUCCUUCAAGCACCCGUCCUGCCUCAUUUUGGCCUUCCACGUAGCUCCCCUGCCCAGUGGGGUGCUAGGGUAGCCAGGAAGGUCUGGUUCACUGCAGUUUGGGUUUCCAGGUCAGGUACCACCGAGGAAUCACGACUGAUCUCGCUCCCUUAUAAGCCGCUGUCUCCCCCUGUCAUCCUUCAUAGCCCUGUCUUCGAGAAACUGGUCCUUUUUGUCAUUGGUCUGCGUCCCCUUCUGCUGAACCUGUCCAACAAAAACCUGGGCAACCUGUCAGUCUUCAUCUCGAGCAGGGGCUGCUGCAUCGGGCCGGGUCUGGUCCCCAGACGCUCGCCUCUCUCUGGUUGACCACCUUAAAAGCAGUCUAAGCUGGGGCUCCAAGACAUCGAGCCAGGCAGUUCCCCUUUAGAAAUCAGAGAGACGCUUUCACCUCAACGAAAGCACGUCUCCAAGCAAAGGUUCCUAGUCCAGUUGUCCUAAGCCAGGGGUGACCGUUUCAGGGGUUUUAUCUUGCCCAAACUCCACCUAAUAAAAUUCUGAGAGCAUG